UCUUUGAGGAAAAGCAAAAGGGGGGAGCAUAUUCAAAUUUAAUCUUCACCCCACCCUAUUUUCCUUGUGUAUUUGGAGACAAGGAGGCUCUCCUCCCUCUUCCUCCUCCGUUUCUCUCUAUGUUUGCAUCUCAAUCAACAACAACCUCUGAUCUUCAUGCUUCUUCCUUGUGUUGGAUGCUGUGAAGAUAAUUAACUUCAAAAAUGGCUUCGGUUAGCUUCAAAUACUGGGAUGAUUGUGUGAAUCCUCAUGAUCUGGAAGCCAUGUGGGCCGAUCCAGAUGUUAGAGCCGAAUGGCUUAAUGCUGGUGAAACUAAGGGAUCAAAAGUCCACCUCUCACGUGAUCCUGAUGGUCAGCCUUAUCUAACUCAAACAGAAAUGAAGGCAGUAGCAGGUAUUAUAGUCCGAAGACAUUUCCUAUCGCAGAUUGAUUCGGAUAUGCUUUGCGCUAUCGCUGAGCUUGAAAGUGACCGGCAGCUUCUUGCAACACAGUACAAUAAAAAAUCAAAAGAGAUUACUAUGGGAAUUAUGCAGAUUUUGCCUAAAACUGCAGACUGGUUGGUGAGUGACUUGGGUUACCGAACAUAUGAGGUGGCAGCAGAUUCGAAACUUCUUUACAAACCUUUUGUAAAUGUGUACCUUGGUGCUGCAUAUCUAAAGUGGUUAUCAAAUUAUGGAGAGAAGGAGAGAAGUGAAGAGUUCAUGGUGAGAGCUUACAAGGCUGGUACUAAGAAGGCAACCCAUAAGUCCACCUUACCAUUUUGGAGAAGCUAUCUCUCCGUCAAAGAAAAUCUACCAUCGAGGAAAAUCUUUGAAGUCAAUCCAUUACCCCCUUCAGCAUCCGCUGGUGGAGUUCCGGAAAGGAAAGGUCCAGUCAAUACAACUUGGGACUCUAGAACUUCUGCAGAAGACAUGGAAGAAAUGUGGAAUCAUCCUAGUGUGAGCAAGGAGUGGAGCAAGUCCGGGGAGAAAAGAGGCCAUGUGCGAUUUUCUCAUGAUACUGAAAAGAGACCAUAUCUUUCCCGGGUAGAAUUGAGGGCAGUUGCGGAAGUAAUUGUAUCAAACCACUUCAUCACAAGAGGGCUGAAACCUACUGUCCUGUGUGCUAUCGCUGAGAUAGUUACCAUGCGUUUUGUUGAAGGAAUUGGACAACGUACUGGAUUAAUGGGAAUUGACUAUCCCACAGCACGCUGGCUUUACAAGGACUUGGGGUACAAGGCUUACCGAGUGGAGUCAGUUGAGGAUCUUACAAAGCCAUUUGUUUCCAUGUACUUUGGCGCGGGCUAUUUGGCUUGGUUGUCAGAGUACGAGGGAAGAGAAAGGAGUCUCCAGUUUGUUGUCCAGGCUUAUCUUGGUGGACCACAGAAUGUGAACUUGCAGGAGACGGGUCCUAUGUGGCUCAAAUUUGAGGAAGCACUAAGCCGUUAUGAAGAGUUAAAAAAGGAAGCAGGUAGUUGCAAUAUUAUGUGAAGUCAACUACAUACUGUUUCACCAAAUCGUUGAAGGGGUUGCUUAACAAUAGAGAAAGGAAAUAAGUAUUUGCAUGCAGCACCAGUACAAUGUACAUCCUUCAUUGUUGUUAUAUUGUUAUGUAAAUUUUCCUUGUAUGCAUUUGGGUCAUAUUACACCACUGUAAAAUAUAAUUUCAUUUACGCAAGUUUUACCAAUAUGCUGAGAAAAUGUAACGUUUUCACCAUAUAUAAUGCCUAUUUUGAAGAAGCGUGAA